AUGGCGAUCUCGUCUGCCACUGGUAUCGAUGCCUCUGAUUCCCAAGACCAUGCAGCAGAACCUCAUCAGAACGGGCACGUGAAUGGCAAUCAACUUGAAGCACGUACGGAAGUGCUCGAGGAUGACCGUGUCCUUAUCGCUGGAGGCGGACCCGUGGGAUUGGUGUUGGCGAAAGUACUGAGCUUCUAUGGCAUUAAAUCCCUCGUCCUGGAACGCAACGCAACGACCACAAGAUGGCCGAAAAUGGAUUUGACCAACGCGAGAUCGAUGGAACUGUUUCGCAAAAUCGGGCUCGCAAACCAACUGCGCAAACAAGGUGUACCGCCCGAGUUCCCAAGCAGUGUCAAGAUAUCCAAAUCGUUGCACGAACCAGAACCGAUCUCCGAAUGGCCUCAUCCCAGCGUCAACGAGUAUCGCAAGAUCAUUGCCGCCUCAAACGACGGCAGUCUGCCAUUGGAACCCUACCAACGCCUUUCUCAAGCAGUGUUUGAAGCUUGGCUCAAGGGUGUGUGCGACAAGGAUCCGUUGAUCGAAAUGAGGUUUGGCUGGAAGGUGGAGGCGACCGAGGAGAGCGAUGACGGUGUCGUGACCACUGCAACCAACCUCGCAGAAGGCCGGACAUCGUAUAUCUCAUCCAAGUUUGUGGCAGCGUGCGAUGGUGCAUCCAGCAGAAUUCGGCGUGGUCUUCAAAUCCCCCUAGAUGGCGGACCAGUGCCGACGUACACCCUUUUGAUCCAUUUCAAGUCUCGUGACCUGACCCACCUCCAUCGCCAGGGUCUGUUCUGGCACAUCUUUUUCCUCGACGAGGGUCGCUUUCGUGGGGCCAUCAUCGCGCAAGACGAGAAAGACACGUGGACAACCCACCUUCAUAUCCCCAUCGGACAGGACCACGAGACGAUUGAUUCGCAUGAUGCCGUGUACCAGGUCCUUGGCGGAUGGAACGCGCCGUAUCCCAUCACCAUCGACGAGGUCCUAGUCAGGUCGACCUAUAGACCGAGCAUUGCAAUUGCUCGCUCAUUUAGAAGCCCCAAGGGACGUAUCUUCCUGGCUGGCGACGCAGCUCAUCAGAACAUUCCGACCGGGGGCUACGGCAUGAACAUGGGACUGGGAGACGCCUUCGACCUGGGCUGGAAGUUGGCAGCGACAACCAAACAGUGGGGCGGGCCAGCGCUGCUAUCCUCAUACGAGGAAGAGCGUCGACCAAUUGCCCUGACUUCGAUUGAGCGCUCUGGAGUUCACAAUGAGGUGCAUGGUAAAGCUGCUGAGCUGCUGGGAGCACGUGGGUGUCUGUCUGAGCUGGACGCAGAAUCGAAUCGAGCCGUGCGCGACGCUGUUCAUCAGCACUAUCAAGAGCACGACGGGGAGAAUAAGGACUUCGGCAUCGAAAUGGGCCAGAUUUACAAAUCAGGGAUUCUGAUCGUCGACGCACGAGAGCCGCUGCCGGAGUGGGUUCCCUCGAGGUACACUCCGAACACAUAUCCGGGUAGUCGUGCUCCUCACGUGUUCCUCAAGGACGGCACUUCACCGAUAUACGACCUCUACGGCACGUGGUUCACUCUGGUCGACUUUUCAAGCCCCUCUUCAUCCCCGUCUGGCGAACAAAACACAGGCAACGCCUUUGUUGACGCAGCCGCCGCCAUCGGAUUGCCGUUGAAACGUGUGCAGCUCCAAGGAGAAGACCAUGCCAGGGUGCUGUGGGAGCGGGAUUUCGUCCUUGUAAGACCAGAUGGACACGUGGCAUGGAGAGGGGACACGACUCCUAGUCAGGAGGAUGCCACCAAGAUCCUACGGACGAUCACUGGCCAUGUCGAGCCCAAGACUAAGGCUGGGACUGGUGACGACGGAUCAAACGGUGUACAUGUUACAACGGCACCGAAGACGUUUUCGAGCAUUGGCACGUUGUCCACCCAGAGCACCAACUACGAGUAUGAGAAUAUGGGAGAGUUCCAGCGGUAG